CGGUGAAGACGCGGCAAGUGCUGUUGUAGUGGGCUCAUUGCGCUGUACAGGCAAUGAUAAUCAGCUAUUAUUUAUGCAAGAACAAACUCCAAACGUUUGCACUUCUACAGCUUACAUAAUUUCUACGUAAAAAUUUUUAUCAGAUGUCCGAUUAUCGUGUUUUAUCAAUACAAAGUCAUGUCGUUCAUGGCUAUGUUGGUAAUAAAUCUGCAACAUUUCCUUUACAGGUUAAUGGAUUUGAAGUUGAUGCUGUAAAUUCUGUGCAAUUUUCAAAUCAUACAGGUUAUGGUCAUUGGAAAGGACAAGUGUUGAAUUCCAAUGAACUGAAAGAACUUUACGAUGGCCUCAGGCUAAAUAAGAUAAAUAAUUACACUCAUUUAUUGACAGGUUAUGUUGGAUCCGAAUCAUUCCUUGAAGAAGUUGUCAAUGUUUUGUUGGAUUUGAGAAAAUUAAAUCCUACCUUAGUUUUUGUGUGCGAUCCGGUCAUGGGCGAUCACGGAAAAUUUUAUGUACCAGAAUCAUUGCUACCAAUUUACCGUGACAAAUUGUUGCCCUUAGCUGAUAUCAUUACACCCAAUCAAUUUGAGGCAGAACUGCUCAGUGGAAUGAAAAUCAACACUGAAGAAGAUGCAUUUAAGGCGAUGGAUGUAUUACACAAGAAAGGCGCAAACUCUGUAGUUAUAACGAGUUCAGAAUUAGGUGAAGAUCACAUGGUUGCAUUUGGAAGUUCAAAUGGGAAAGGAUCAUCCGGAAAUAGCCAUCGAACAUGCAUAAGAAUGGUGGUACCUAAAUUACCUGCUGUGUUCACCGGAACUGGGGAUUUAUUCGCAAGUUUGUUGCUUGUAUGGAUGCAGAAACAUCCAGAGAAUUUGAAAUUGGCUUGUGAAAAGACCAUGUCUUCAGUUCAGGCUGUCUUACAUGAAACAUUACAGGAGGCUCAAAAAAAAGCUGGGGAAGGGAAGACACCUAGCAGUUCUCGAAUUGAACUUUGUUUGAUAAAAAGUAUGGCGAAUUUAAUUAAUCCUCCUACAGACAAUGUAUUUGCAACGGAAGUGAAGUUUUAAUCACUUAAAAUGUUAAACAUAUAUUAGAUAAGUAAUUUUUUUAUUAUUAAAAUUGUUCAACAAAUUAACAUUACAAUUAUCACAAAUAUGUUAGAAAAUAUCAAAUGAAUACCAUACAUUACAUACAUACUCUUAAUUUCUUAAUGUCGGAGAAUGGCCCAAACAAUUAUAUGGAAAUAUUUACUUGAUUAAAGUGAUUGAGGAAUUAAAUGUGAAUGCAAUUGCAAAAAUCCUCUUUCAUGUAAGUCCAUUGCAAAAAUAUCCAAUACUUGCAUAACAUUGAUAACUUCACUUGUUUUGUAAAAAGGAAUGCCUGAAAAUACUGAUAUUGAGUUAUAACCUUGUGUCAAUAUCCUUGUUAUUAAAAUUAUUGCUCAAUAA